UACCGCAAAAAAAAAAAUUAAAAACUUUUGCGACAUGGCCUUGAAAGGCUUUCUUGAAAUCUCCAUUGCGUUCGUCAUCUUCUUCAUCUUCAGUUUCUUGCUACGCAAGAAAACUCUCACGAACUGGCCGUUUCUUGGAAUGCUUCCAGGUUUGAUCGUCGAAACCCCGCGCUUUUACGACUGGAUCGUGGAAAUUCUCGAAGCUACCGGCCUGACGUUCCAUUUCAAGGGUCCGUGGUUCACCCGGUCCGAUUUGUUAUUCACCGUCGAUCCGGCGAAUAUCAAUCACAUUCUCAGUUCCAACUUCGUAAAUUACCCGAAAGGACCCGAUUUCCGAGAUAUCUUCGAACCUUUGGGGGACGGCAUAUUCAACGCGGAUUUCGAUUUGUGGAAGGAUCUAAGGAAAUCGGCUCACGCCUUGCUCAGCCGUCAAGAUUUCCAAGGGUUCACCAAGAGCACGACCGUUGGUGUUGUCAAGAACCGGCUCUUGCCUGUUCUUGACCAUGCCGACAAGACAGACACGGUCGUGGACUUGCAAGAUGUGUUCCAGAGAUUCACCUUCGACACAACCCUAACUCUGGUGACUGGGUACGAUCCAAAGAGUCUGUCCAUGGAUAUGCCGCAUGUCGAGCUCGCCAUUGCUGUGGAGGAUGCCGAGGAAGCUAUUUUCCAUAGGCAUUUCAGGCCGAGGAUCUUCUGGAAGUUGCAGAGCUGGCUAGGGUUUGGGUUUGAGAAGAAGUUGAGGGACGCGGUCGCGGUCGGAGAUCGUGCAUGCGCAAACUAUAUCUCUGCUAAAAGAGAGGAGAUACGUCGAGGAGAUCGCUCAGAAGGAGAAGCAAUGGAUCUGUUGACUUAUUAUAUGAAUAUAGAUAAGAACAAAUACGAGUUGCUAAACCCUAAUGACGAUAAAUUUCUCAGGGACAGCAUGUUGACCUUCAUUCUGGCGGGGAGAGACACCACAAGCGCCGGCCUCACUUGGUUCUUCUUCCUUCUCUCCAAGAACCCUAAGGCAGUGACAAAGAUCCGAGGAGAGAUCGAGGCAACGUUUGAAAGAUCCGUAAACUGGUUCGACCAAGUGGAUUUGAACAAGCUGGUGUAUUUAUACGGUGCAAUAUACGAAUCACUGAGGCUAUACCCACCUGUUCCAUUUAACCACAAGUCUCCUGCGAGAGAAGAUGUCCUACCGAGUGGGCAUAGAGUGGAUGCGAACGCGAAGAUUGUUUUGGCCUUUUACGCGUUGGCGAGGAUGAAAUCGGUAUGGGGAGAGGACGCGUCGGAAUUCAAACCCGAGAGAUGGAUUUCCGACAGCGGAGUUUUGAGACACGAACCUUCCUUCAAGUUCGCUUCGUUCAACGCCGGUCCGAGGACUUGUAUAGGUAAGCAAGUGGCUCUAACGCAUAUGGCGAUAGUGGCGGUCGAGAUCUUGCAGAAUUAUGACAUUACAGCCGUUGAUGGUCAACGAGUGGAGUUAGUUCCUUCCGUUAUUCUCCGCAUGAAACAUGGCUUCAAGGUCUUCGUACGUAAGAGAUGUUUGCCCUAAAAGUGUGUAAUGAAAUAAAUAUUUCAGUGAUUGUAUACGUAAGUUGAGUCAUGUGCCUUUAUAUAUCUUUGUAUGUAAUGAAUGCAUGUCUUUCCUAAAGUUGAAGGAUUCAUUGCUUGUCAAAGAAUCCACAACCGAAAAUGUUGAUUUCA